CGCAGGUCGACUGUUAGCACAUGAUCAGCCGGGCAUCUGGUCUAUUCCAAACUCAUCCCAUGAUGGUCCUCAGCUGGGUUCGUAUACGACGUCGCGAAGCAACAAGAUCUCUGGAUCAGGAAGCAGGGCGAACCAAGUCGAAGAAGCAACCAUCGAGCAAGGUCAAAGGAUCAAACCCCGCAUUGGAAAAUAUGCUGUGUAACAGUCACGAUACUCAGCUGGAGUCUGCCCUGUACAGUGCGUUCUAGUGGCUUGCUGCGCAGAUGCAUGGUGUAGGACAGUCGGUGUGUGCCUCCAAUUGGCCAAUCGCAACGCCCAACGGCACCACUUCUCUGCCUUUUGAAAAAGUGUCCAUGUUGUGGUCACUUCAGCUGAAAGGGAUGACAUCGCAGCUCAUCCUUUCCCAAUGCUGACAUGCCGUGAACCUUCUACAUCAAGAGCCAGAGCUGUGAGACACGACAGCCGCUUCCUGCAGUCACGGCUCGGUUGCAUAUAUGAGCCCUGCACGGUCACACUGGCAGCAAGGAGGAAGGGAGGGCUGGCUGAUGCUCAGCAACAAUGGCUGACCGCCACAAGGUUUUGAUAUCAACUCGCACGGGUAUAAAGAUGUGAUCGACCCAGGCCACAGGAGACGGAGGACAAGUUCUUCCACUUCAACUCAACCAUCUAUACAUUGUCUAAGAACUCCAUUGCAAUCCCAGACCCCAGAGACUAUAUUUAUUGUCCCUACAAUGGCUCCAGAAUCUCAUCGAUCACCAUACCUCCGUCACCGUCUAGGAGGAUGGCUGCCUGCAGACCACGAGCAUCUGAUCAAAUGGGCCAAGAAGAUCGUGAAAAAGGCCAGAGACAACCCACAGCCGUUGAACCCUACUCUUCAGCAAUUCCAUGAUUUCAUCGAGGGCGAUCCGACGGUGCGGCAGCUGUUCACUCUCAUGUUCGAACAGGUUCCGGCCGUGCCGCCGUACAACCAGGACCCGACCGGCAAGCCGGAGAUCCGCAGCUACGACGAGAUGCUGCAGGUCUUCAAUACCUUGAUGACCAUGGGUCCACACUGGAUCUAUAACACAGAUGGCCAAAAAGGCUUGGUUGGGUUUCCAUUCAACGCUGUCUUGGACUGGCCGAUGGGAACUGCAGCAGGAUAUUCGGCAUUCCUGCGUCAGGACGUCAACUUCCAGUUCCGCAACAUGCUUACCAAAUGGAGCGAGUACCUUGCCUCGCCCGACUCAGUUUCGGUGCUCAGUACCGAUCCGGAUGGCUGGUUCAGUGAGGAAGCACUGAAGGUCAUGGGCCAGGUCGCCAGCGAGGCGGAUCCCAAUCACCCGGUCACAUUCGCACAGGCUUUUGAAUGUGAUCCGUCGAAGCCGGCGUAUGGCUACCUAUCCUGGGAUGACUUUUUCACCAGAAAAUUCAAGCCAGAAAUCCGCCCGAUCGCGUACCCUAAUGUUGACAUAGUUAUCGGCAACGCGUGCGAAUCGACUCCAUACCGUAUCUCCCACAAUGUCAAGGAACUGGACCAAUUCUGGAUCAAGGACCAGCCAUAUAGUCUGCGGGACAUGCUCGGCGGAGACGAUUACACGGACCAGUUCGUGGGCGGUACAGUCUAUCAAGCCUUCCUGUCCGCCACGAGCUAUCACCGAUGGCAUGCGCCCGUCUCAGGCAAGGUGGCCAAGGUCGUGCAUAUCCCUGGAACAUACUAUGCGGAGAACUAUUGGGAGGGCUUCGCCAAUCCCAACGUCAGCAUUGGGCCCGACCCAUCCGCACCCAACAAUUCACAGGGAUAUAUCUGUGAGGUGGCCACUCGAGCCCUCAUCUUCUUCGAGACCGACGACGCGGACAUCGGCAUGGUCGGCUUCGUGGCUGUCGGAAUGGCCGAAGUCAGCAGCUGCGAGGUCACUGUCAAAGAGGGCCAGAAGGUUACAAGAGGCGACGAUAUUGGAAUGUUCCACUUCGGGGGUAGCACCCACUGUCUCAUUUUCCGUCCUGGCACAGACAUCCAGUUUACCCCAAGCGAGCCAUUCCAGGACACUAAUGUGCCUGUCUGCUCAGCUCUGGGCGUGGUUGUCAAGCCUGAUCAGAAGAAUAAUGAUCUGCAAAGCAUCCUUCAAGGGUUGUGAAGGAUUGGCGGGCCAGCCUUUUACGCCGCCGCGGGCCUGGGACAAACAAGGCAGUCAAAGGUCGCCUCUGUACCCAGGAACUGCAUGAGGAGAAAAGAUGAAAACAGGACAGAGCACGUAGUCUUCAUCCGGCGCGAUGCCACUCAUUGAACCUACCUUAGCUUAUUAUGAAGUGAUGCCACAAAAACAUGAUUGUGAAUCUCAAGCCCAGUCCAACCA